CGCAAAAGAGUGGCAGCUGGUAACAGGACCAUCAUACAUGAUCCAAGUGUCCGUCUUUGUAGGUAGUUUAGGUGACGCACGCUGCUGGUUUAUUAGCCGUCGAAUAAUCUUCAUCGGCAAAUCUCACAGAGCAUGCAUGCAUAAACCCCACCGCCCUUCUGCAAGCUCCUAAACCAGAGGGGUCCAGAUAAGAAGAACCGCGUUUCCAACCCCGAAGUCGACCGCGAAAGCAACGCCGUGGCAUGACUACACUUGGUACCAUUCUUUUGCAAAUGCCCCGGCUCUAAAGGCAGCAGCUAUGACGGCCAAUACGAACCGCAUCUCGACUUACACAACUGCAUCUGGCAGUUCUGAGGGCAAGAAUGGAGAGCAAAAGAAGGACAUGUGGAGCUCCAUGCUCGACUCCGUAGCAAGCGGCAAGCGGCUACCAGAGAAGAACCUUUUGGUGCUGGGCGGUACCGUCGAUUCGCAGCGUGAAUUCCUUGAAUCCGUGUCGAAUAUCGAGCUUCGGAGGGCCUUGGACAGAGGCGCCACCAAGCUCCCUCCCGUCGCCAACAACUUCGCCCUAGGCUAUACAUACUAUGACGUGCUGGAUGCUGACCAAGAAGACACACUUGCUCGCAUCUCGCUGUACACCCUUACAAGUCCAUGUCUCGCAUUCAGCUCUCUUCUACAGCCCCUCCUCACGCCGCAAUCCAUCCCCAACACCCUGAUAGUUGUCCUCCUCGACUGGUCACAGCCGUGGAAAUGGAUGCGCCAAUUGCGACAAUGGAUCCUUCUCCUCCGGACUGUCCUCGUUUCUCUCAGCAUGGAAUCCAAGGACACAAUGGAGGACGUCAUGAUAAGCUGGCGAGAUCGGGGCCGGGGAGGUGGGACGAACUUGGACGGGACUGCCUCGGCGACAGCGACCGAAGGUGAUGUCACACUCCCCCUUGGGCCGGGAGAGUGGGAGGAUGCGUUGGGGUUGCCGUUGUGUGUGGUCUGCCAGAACGCCGAGCAAAUGGAGGUUCUCGAGAAGACACAAGGUUGGAAGGAGGAGGAGUUCGAUGUCGUCCUCCAGUUCAUGCGGACUGUCUUGCUGAAGCAUGGCGCAUCCCUCAUCUACACCACCCCCUCCAUGUCCACACAACUACAGAGCCUUGUACACUCAAGCCUGGGGAUCCACUCGUUACUCAAGAAGCACCCGCUCAAACACAACGUCAUCGACAGAGACAAGAUCGUUGUACCGCCCAAUUGGGACUCGUGGGGAAAGAUUCGGGUUCUCCGGGAAGGAUUCGACGUGGAGCUUGUGAGCAACGGAUGGUCAAUGGACUUGGAUCACCCUCUCCCGCAAACCGACAGUAACGGCACCGGCAAUGGGACAGUUACCAAUGGGAAUGAGGAGGGAAACGGCGACUCGGACCCGGAGGGGUCUACCGUAUCUCUGUACGAGGCCGCAGUACAGGAUUCGAGCCUCAGUGCUUUACAACUAGCCAGCCGAGACAGCCAUUCGACUAAGCUGGAGGUCGAAACAACCGAUACGCAAGCCUUCCUUGGCCAGCAGCUCAAGUACCUGGAGGUUUUUAAACAGAAGAACGAGGAAGCAAAUCGCGAGGGUACUCGGUCGAACACGUUGAAGCGAGCAGAUAGUGAUAGCGGCGGCGACCUUGCCGCAGGGAGAGCAGGCGAAGGCAAAGUCAACGACCAUAUCGGCCCUGUGCAGUUCAACAUGGGCGGCAUCCAAGUCGAUGCGGAUGACAUGGUGCAACGGCUCAAGGACCGACAAGCGUAUGGCUCAUCGCCAGAGCCGGCGAGCCCGGAUGCCGAGACAGCGGUUGAAGAUCCCAAGGCAGACACGGAGAACCUCCAGGCUUUCUUCACUGAUUUGAUCAAUAGGAGAGGUGGCGCCAAGUAAAGCGAGCUGGUCAACGCAGCUGACGGGAUCGGUGUGACAAACAUCUAUCGAGACAUUCAGAGUUACAUCUUCACAACCUUUGUUUGGAUCAAUACUUCAACCCCAGGUUUGGAGUCAGCAGCAGCGACCCCGGGGACACGCAGUUAUGAUCCAACAUGUACAUUUACGGCUUAAAUUUUGCUGGCUGGGCAUGUCCAAUGCCAAGCAGCAGAAUUUGGGGAAGAUCUUUCUGGUCGAUUCUUGCCAUGGCAUUUCAUGGCGCAACUUGGAGGCGCGAAAAGACUUGUAGAUUAGAUACCCCAUUGAUGAAAAGAUUGUCUGGUAUGGCUGACGCUAGUUCCGACUUGGAGAUGAUAGACAGAACCAAGUCCCAGGUCCUCAUUGAAAGUGCUGCUGAGU